AUGAAGAAUUUCUAUUAUAUAGGGCAAGGAAACAACACAAAUGGAUAUCUUUUGGUUCACGCCAAUGGAGGAUUAAAUCAAAUGAAAACCGGAAUAAGCGACAUGGUUGCAAUUGCAAAAAUAAUGAAUGCAACUCUUGUUUUUCCUACAUUAGAUCAUAAUUCCUUUUGGACAGAUCCUAGUGAUUUUAAAGAAAUUUUUAACUGGAAGAACUUCGUUGAAGUUCUAAAUGAAGAUGUUCAAGUAGUGGAGUCUCUACCACCUGAACUUGCAGCAAUUAAGCCAGCUUUGAAGGCCCCUGUAUCUUGGUCUAAGGCAAGUUAUUAUAGAACAGAUAUGUUGCAAUUAUUGAAGAAACACAAAGUAAUCAAAUUCACUCAUACUGAUUCUCGUCUAGUCAAUAAUGGUCUAGCUAGUUCAAUUCAGAGAGUGCGUUGCCGCGCUAUGUACGAGGCGCUUAGGUUUGCAGUCCCAAUUGAAGAGCUUGGAAAGAAGUUGGUAAACAGGCUUAGAGAAAACAACACCCCUUAUAUUGCUCUCCAUUUAAGAUAUGAAAAGGAUAUGCUAGCAUUCACAGGCUGCAGUCACAACCUAACAAAAGAAGAAACACAAGAACUAAAAAAAAUGAGAUAUUCAGUGAAACAUUGGAAAGAAAAAGAAAUUGAUAGCAAAUCAAAGAGAUUAAAGGGUAGUUGCCCUAUGACACCAAGAGAAGUUGCUGUUUUCCUUGAAGCACUUGGAUAUCCUGUUGAUACAAAAAUUUAUGUAGCAGCAGGAGUUAUUUAUGGCUCAGAAGGAAUGAAACCACUUCAAAAGAAGUUCCCUAAUUUGCUAUGGCACUCUUCUUUAGCAACAAAAGAAGAGUUACAACCUUUUGAAGGACACUUAAAUCAACUUGCUGCUCUUGAUUACUACAUAACUGUUGAAAGUGAUGUUUUUGUUUAUAGCUAUGAUGGGAAUAUGGCUAAAGCAGCUAGGGGGCAUAGAAAAUUUGAUGGAUUCAAAAAGACCAUUAGCCCAGACAAGCAAAGAUUUGUGAGGCUGAUUGAUCAAUUGGAUAAUGGUUUGAUUUCUUGGAAUGAUUUCUCAACAAAGGUUAAGAGUAUACAUGCAAAGAAAAAAGGAGCACCUCAAGCUAGAAAAAUUCACCGCCACCCCAAAUUUGAAGAGACCUUCUAUGCUAACCCUUUCCCAGGUUGCAUUUGUCAGAAGCCAACCCACUUGAUGGCAGAAACAAAUCACGAAUCCUUAUGA